AUGGAGACGUUCAGAGCCCUCUUCACCAAGCCUGACCCUCAAGCCCAGGUCUGUCCCUCCCCCCUCCCCCGCCGCCCAUGGCCCUCGGCUCCCAGGCCGCUCCGGACCCCCGUCACGGGCCUUGCGGCUGACCACCGGUCUCCCUCGCAGGCGCGGAAAUGCAACGCCCUCCUGCGGUCCAACAUGCGCAAGAUCGACCGUGACAUCGCGGCGGUGAAGCAGGCCGAGAUCAAGACCAAGAGCCUCAUCGUCCAAGCCGACCGGCGGGGCCAGCGGAAUCCAUCGCAGGCCAAGCAGGCGCAGAAGGAAGUGCGCGACUUUGCACGCGAGCUCGUCCGCGUCCGACGCACCUCGGCCCGUCUCACGACGUCCAAGGCGCAGCUGAGCUCGGUGCAGAUGCAGGUGAACGAGGCCUUUGCCGUCCGCAAGAUUGAGGGCUCCAUCAAGGCGAGCGUGGGCAUCAUGAAGGACGUCAACAGGCUCGUCCGGCUGCCCGAGAUUGCCGUGACGAUGCGCGAGCUCGGCACGGAGCUCAUGAACGCGGGCAUCAUCGAGGAGAUGGUGGAGGACUCCCUGCCCAUGGACGUCGACGGCCUGCUGGAGGACGACGAGGCCGAGACGGAGGUGGACAAGAUCCUGGGCGAGGUUCUCAAGGACAGGAAGGAGCCGACGCUGCCGGCGGCACCGCUUCCGGAACCGCACAGGCCCGCACAGGCGACGGAGGAGGAGGAGGAGGAGGAGGAGGAGGACACGGAAGCCAUGAUGAACCAGAUGCGGAACCGGCUCGACGCACUGCGAAGCUAG